AGCUGUCAAAAUAAAUCUGUUGUGUCAUGUCACCGUAAUAUUUUUGUCCGUAAUUCACACAAUACAAAUAGAGUAAAAAGUUAAAAUAAACAAACCAGAAGCGGCGGAGUCUUUAUUACGCUAGAAAACUGUGAUUUUACAGCAUCCACAAUGCAUUGGUUCGGAGGGAGUAUUGCCGAGGCAGUAAAUUUAUCGAAACAGAAAAACGCGAUUUUUGUCGUAUUUAUUGAAGGAGACAACGAGCUGUCAUCGGAGAUGGCGGCGACCAUAGACGACACGGUGGUGGUGAAGCGUCUCUCCGACCAGGGCAACUUCUUGGCCAUCAAGCUCAAGAGUGGCACAACCAACUACACACACUUCGCGCAGAUCUACCAGUUCGUCCCAGUUCCAUCACUAUUCUUCAUCGGUAGAAAUGGCACCCCGCUAGAAGUAGUCUGCGCCGGAGUGCAGCCAGCCAACUUGGCAACCAGGAUCGACAGGAUACUAGAAGAACAUCACAAAGAGAAGCCCUCAGUCCAGCCAUCGACCUCGUCACAGAGUAUCAAAGAGACCAGCUCUCCACAGACCUCCGCACAAACACCUGCAGCACCUACACCUGCAGCACCUACACCUGCAGCACCUACACCUGCAACAGCUACACCUGCAAUACCUACACCUGCACCUGCAAUACCUGUAACACCUACACCUGCAAAAUUUACACCUGAAAAGCCUGAAGAAACGCCAGAUGAUACAUCAGAGCCAGCUGCGAAGGUACAGAAGACCCAUCACGAGACAAAAUCGGGUCAACAGUACACGGUGGUCUGCGACGGAGACGUGUGUGUCCGGCAGCCGACCGCCCCGGACCAGCCCGGACCGAGCCAGCCGACCGCCAAAGCCAGUGCCCCAGAGUCAGUGCAGUCCGAAGCCAGUAUCGAAGAGAAAUUGGAGCGAGCCAAAGAACUGAUCGAAGCUAAGAGAAGGGAGAAAGCUGCUCAGGAGAAGGAGUUAGAAAAACAAAAGGAGAUGGAGCGACGCAACACGGGCCAGGGCGUGGCCGAGCUCAAGCGGUGGCAGGCCGAACAGGAGAUGAAGCAAAUACAGGAAGAACGUAAACGUGAGAAGUUAGAGAACAACAUGGCUCGACAGAGGAUACUGGAGCAGAUAGCUCAGGACCGCGCGGAAAGGCGAGCAAGGGAUUUUGUACCCACUGUGCAACAGACAGCCCCCGUGGCGCCGGUGACCCCCGCGACGGUGGCCGCGGCCGGCGGCGCUGCGACGUCGGGAGACAACGCCCGCGCGCGGAUCCAGUUCAAGCUGCCCGACGGCAGCAGCCACACUGCGCAGUUCCCCGCUGACAGCAAGCUGAGCGACGUCACCCGAUAUAUAGCUGACAAUUUGCAGAUGUCGGAGUCGCAAAUAUCGCUGUGGACGGCGUUCCCGCGACAGGAGCUGCAGACGGCGAGCGCGUCGCUGCGCGCGCUGCAGCUGGCGCCGUCCGCGGCGCUGCUCGUGCGCGCGCGCCGGCCCGCGCCCGCGCCGCCGCUCGCCGGCCUCGUCGCUUUCGUCACUCAAUUCUUCACAUCAUUCAUCCUAGAGCCGACACAGCAGUUUUACACGUGGCUUUGCUCGCGCCUGUUCCCCCCCGCCAUCGGCGGCGCCCCCGGCGGCGCCCCCGGCGACGCCCCCCGGCCCCCUCCGGAGGGCCCCCGCGGCUCUCCCCCUCCCGGACUCCGGAAACGCGGCAACAUCCAUAGACUACCAGGAGAGAGGCCCGGUGAAGACGAUAACAACACGUGGAACGGUAAUUCUACUCAACAAAUGUAAAAAUCUGUAUUUAACUAGUAUUUCAGAUAGUAUAGUCUGUUUUUCAGGCGGCGGAAAAACGGUCAAUGACCCCGGUCUAUUUCUCUUUGUAAUUGGAGUUUCAAUUCGAAUUUGAAAAAAGAACAUGGGAAAGAAUUGCAAUAUGUUUGGUCGGUUUAUAAAUGGAAGGUCGUUGACCUGUUUCUCGGCAUAUUUUGACACGGAGUAUAAUAAGAUUGGAAGUGGCAUCAGGUUUUCCCCAUAGACUAAAUUUAGUGGUUAAAUUAUUAUGAACAAUAUCAUAAAUUAUAUCUGUAUUGGAUUAUGAUUGUUAUUCUUAAAACAAAUAAGGCUCUAAUUGUUAUCAUAGUAAAAUAAAUUCAUAUACAAAAUUUUCCUCUGUAAACAUCUAUAUAAAAAAUAUGGUGACUAUCACUAUACCUAUAAAUGACUGAGAUCUUGUCAAAGGAAUAUUAUAUCAAUAGUGUUAGUUAUAAGAUUCAUAUUGGAAUGCAGCAUUCGAUAAUAUUCAGCUUCAAAAAGAUAUGUAUUGGCAAUUGCAAUGAUUCAAUGGCGUUGCCGAACUAUCGAUAGUUUUAAUCGACAAGGCUAUACAACCGGUAGGCCUAUCUAUCUACCUAACUAAAUAUAUCUUACUAUUGGUAAAUUACUAAUAAUAUCGAUGUCAUCGAACCGUGACGACGAUCGAUACAAUCGUAUUGCUCUGCACUAUUACAUCAACUAUCGAUUCGAGUUUUGCUCAAUCGAUAGUGAUGUAAGUAAUAUUGCAGGGAAAUUCUAUCGUUACUAUUGUUUUUUUCUCAAAUUAUCGACAGUCUAUCGAAACGCUAUCGAUAGUUGACUAUAGUGUGGCAACCCUAGUUGAGUCACAGAAUUAUGUAUAACAGAAGUGAUUAUAUUAUAUAUUCUUAUAUUUCCUCUUACUUUCAAUAAAAGCUGUUUUCUGGUCUUAUGGUAUGUUUAUCAUCUAUUGAGUUAUAAAUGAAAUUAAGUUUUAAUAUAUGACAUAUGUUAUUUUGUUCAACUAAAUUGUUGAAAGUUAUGUUGUUUAGCGAAUAAAAAUCAUUUAUUUUAACUUUAAAUUCGAUAAUGACGAGUGUGAAUCGUCGAAAAACAAAAUUUGACGUUUUUACGCGCGACACGCGCACUCGCCUAUCGGUGUAUGUGAAAAAAAAUGGGAAAAUAUAAACUAAAUUGUAUAUUAUUAUUUGAUGUUAUAAAAACAUUUUCUCAACACACUUGCUAGAAAUAUUAAGGCACACGAGACGGUUGGGAGAUUUUGUCGACUUUUAAAAGUUUCGCAUAAUACACGCGUGCAUAAAUCAUUACAUACAAGGCUUUAUUACCGCGCUCCGCUUCGCGCCGCGCUAAAAACCUAUGUAAUAUUUGCACGCUUGUAUCAUAAUACUGUUGUUUCAAUGCCAAAACUGAUAAUUGUGUUCUUCUCUCUUUCACGAAAGUACUUUCUUCCUAUGAUUAAUUUAGGUGCUAAAAUGUGGAAAAAAGUAUAUAUUAUUUAUUUAGCAUGGAAGGUAAAAAACUUAACGGUAUAAAAUUUGCGCUGAAAAGAAGCGCUUAGAAUUGACACAUUUUUGUUUCUUGAACAUAAUUCAUGUCAGUUCAUUCAGUCAUGGUUAAAUAAAUAAAUUAUUCAUUCAUUCAUUCAUUUCUGUUUUAGUAUUCGCUUAUUAAACAUUGCAAGGCUUCCUUUGCACUUCUAUAGAUCACUGUAAUAAAUUCUUAAACGUAUUUUGAUGUAUAUGCCAUACUAUUUGCACUGUAAUAGCGAAACUUAAAGAAUUGUAAAUUUAAUAAAUUAAAUAGGGGUCCA